AUGAAUUUAUCUACCUAUCGGCGACGACCUACCCUUGACGAGCUCGUCAAGGGUUAUAAAACCUCCUGUGUGAAGGUGCGCGCGCGCAGCGGUACCGUCACUGAUUCCAGGAUGUCUUCGGCAGCGUCGUUCAGUGAACGAUGGGCCCUCGACAACCUUACCAGGAAAGCAUCAGUGGACGAGAUAUCAAAUCUUGAUCUCAUUCUAUCCACAUGUGACGGAGAUGAAACAGAGGCGGCUAAAAGAGCGAGAAAGUAUUACACGGCUCGAGGACCUGGUGGACUUACAGAGUUAUGGCAUCAACGACGACCUGACGACGAAGACAUACUGUCCAGCUGUCAAGACAUAUACAUAGUACCUCUGCGAGCUCCGAGCGCAAGUGGAAGGCGACUAACCUUUAUCCGACUGCCAGCGCCAUCGACUUUGAAUAGGCCGUUGUCUGCAAAGGCGUUGCUGGCGAGAUGGCUCAUGAUUCUAGACAUAAGGUUAAGAGAAGACUCAACGCCAGGAGAGGAGGUAGUAAUAAUAGACGUAUGUGAUCUACAGCCUGCACAUCUGAAAAAUCAUUUUAGAGGAACGUAUUGGAAAGAUUUCGCUUGGUGCAUGAAGGCAGCGUACCCGCUUCGGUUUUCCGAGAUCCACAUAAUCAACACACAAAAGCUGAAAACUGUUUCCCUCCUGCUUUUGCACAUCAGUCUCUACCCCUGGCGUAAUAAGGUCAUUCACGCCACUGCGGAGGGAAUUAGGCACGUGAUGGGUGUUGAUUACUUCCCGCCUGAGGGCUUACCUCAUGAAUAUGGCGGGAAAGCUGGUGCUAUGAAAGAUCUUAAUGAUGAGUGGACCAAGAAGCUAUUAUUGAAUUCCAAAUGGCUGCAAAGUGAAGAGCGAAAGUAUUAUCACACAGAAUUAAAACCUGAAAAACGUCGACGGAAAAGCUCUAUACGCAAUCUCCUCAGUGUUAGCUCUUAUGACAUAUCGAGAAGCCAGUCCUGCAAGUCUCUGGAUAUUGAUCUCUAUGAAGGGCCCCAAGGAGCAUACAGGACCCUUAAAGUGGAUAGAAGCUUCUACGUGUAA